AAAUCAGUAAGGAUCAACGAACAACAGCUCCUUAAUCUUACCGCAAAGGCGAAGCUAGAUGGUGCGGCGGAUCUGUCUGGAUUGCUAUGGAAGCGAAGCUCAGAUACAGGAAAAUGGCAACAAAGUAUAGUAAUUGUAGAUUUCCCGAUGUAUAAUAAGAAUAUUAGGCAAUCCGGGCAGAAUUAA